AUGCAUGAAGUCCCAGUCGAGUACUCGGAAGUCCUCUUCCUCGAGCCACAGCUCCGAGCCAUGGACGGAUUCUGCCGCCCCGCCGCGGACCACAUCCAGGUCAACUGCGGCUGCACCAGCAAGCGGCUGGGAGACUGCGUCGGAGUCCUCAAAGUCUAUUCCUCCGGCCAGUUCCUCAUCACUUGCCACUGCAACGCCUGCGACAGUUCCAAGCAAUAUAGGCCGCACGAUUUCGAGAAGCAUGCCAGGAGGCAGGGGAACAGCAAGUGGAAGAGCCACAUUUGGGUUGCCGUGGAUGGCAAGAAGGUGGCGAUGUGGAGGACGGAGCUGUUCAAGUACUACAAGCACGCUGCCAAUGGCGCGAGUGGGACCGUGAGGCGACAGUUUCAUCGCGACGAGUUCAUCCCUUGCUCCGGCUGUGGCAAGCAGCGCAGGUUUCGGCUCCGAACCAAGCAGCUCUGCAGGGUCUACCAUGAUGCUCUUCUCGCCAAGUCUACUUGGAAAUGUGCUGAUAGGCCUUACGACAGCAGGAUUACGUGCGGUGAUCCAGAGGAGAGGGGAAGCAGGAAAAAGUACAGAGGGUGUCCAAGGGCUUCAUACUGCAGAGGCUGCACAAUUUGCUCCUGUGUUGGGUGCCUCAUCUGCAGAUUCGUCGACUGUGGAUGCCGAAACUGCACCGACUUCAUGGAGAAUGCAAACCCCUAG